GCGCCCGCCUCGGGGGACCGCUGAGAGUGCUUCACCCGUAAGCAACGCCGGCGGCAGCGGGAGACGCUACAAUGCGGUUGGCGAGGGCUGGUUUGCAGGGGGUCUUCGCCGUCUACAAGCCCCCCGGCGUGGCGUGGAGGGCCGUGCGGAACGCCGUGGAGACCCACCUGCUGAGAGACUUGAACUCAUUCAAGCGACCAGCACCACGACGGCUUGUACGUUUCCUGCCUAGCAUGGUGGAAGGGAAGGAUAGGAAGGAAUUGACUAUGACGGUUACGCAGCUCCCAGCUAUGGCUGACCAUCCUCUAGUUUCUGGACCGAUAUUCAGACAUCUGAAAGUUGGAGUAGGCCACCAUCUGGAUCCAAUGUCCUCUGGGGUGUUUGUGCUUGGGGUGGGUGAUGGCAACAAGUUGCUUCAAGCCUUGCACAAUGCUCAUCUCACUAGGACUUACACAGUUUGUGGCUUGUUUGGCAAAGCCACAGACGACUUCUCGGACACAGGCAAACUGAUCGAGAAGGCGACAUUUGACCACAUCACCAGGGAGCAGCUGGAGAGGAUCCUUUCUGUUAUCCAGGGGUCCAGUCACAAGGCUUUACUGCAAUAUGCUAAUAUUGACUUGAAAACCCAAGAGGCCUACGAGCUGGCAGUGAAAGGAUUAAUUCGUCCCAUGGAGAAAGGCCCACCCUUGAUCACAGCAGUGCGAACCCUCCAGUUUGCACCACCAGAAUUCCAGCUAGAAAUCCACUGUUUGCAUGAGACCCAGCAAUACCUUCGUAAGAUAGUUCACGAGAUCGGUUUGGAGAUGAAGUCAGUUGCUGUCUGCACGCAAGUGAGGCGGAUACGAGACGGCAUUUUCACUCUGGAGGAUGCCCUCUUAAGAACACAGUGGAACUUGCAUAACAUCCAAAAUGCGAUCCUGAAGUCCAAGCUUAGAGUAGAAACUGAGAUACAAAAAAGCCUUGCUUAUGAGGGAGAGGAAGAAACUAGGGCUGCUCCGGUUACAGGUGGCACGCAGCUGAGCGAGGGGGAAGAUGCCUCGCCGCCAAUGAUAAAAUUGUGAAUAUCUUGUACUACAUGGGAAAUGGUUAAGCGCAGAUGUGGAAAGCACCCUGGAAUUUUUAUCCUUCACCAUUUUGCACCUGAAGCUUGCUGCCCUGUUUCAAGCUGUUCUAAAACUCAUCACUCUCAAAACUCUCCUGUGAUGAAACAUUUGCAGUAUCUGAUCCUGCACGUGUGGAAAAAUCAGAAGCUGUUUCUGAACCAUAUGAAAACACUGCUUUUUACCGUCUGUUGAAGCUUGGAUGUUUCAGCCAAAGGAUUUGUAGAGCUGGUUAAUUUGCUGCAUAAAGCAACAAGAAACUGUUG